AUGGUGGCAUUGGUUUUCGCGAAUACUCUGCUGCGAAAUAUAUGGCCAUUUUCGAUAUUGAAAAGCAAUGACCUGAAGGAUUCAAAGGAGCUUGUUCGCAGACUCUCAGUGCCUGAGAGUACAAAGAACUUUGUGUUUGCAAUCAGAGUCCCCGAGCACGAUUCCACUAUUUACAUACUCUCUGUUCAGAAUUUAUCUGAGAGAUCCGCUACUGAUGCCGAGUGUCUCAUACGUGAAAUCAAACCUGGCGCUGUAGUGGCUCAAGUGGACAAAUCAGCCUUUGGUGAAGCUGAAGCUGAGGAGAGUGUAUUAGGGGAUGGCUCAAGUGAUUCGAUCCCCACAUCAGCUUUUAAAGUUCUUACGCAGUGUUUUCUAGACAAGGUUAACAAAGAAAGGUACGAAACUGUUGCAGGGAUCUUGGUUUUGAGAGAGAUCUUUGGGACAAGCUUUAAUGGGCAUCUACUGGCUGCCAAAAAGGUGGCUGGUGAGGUUGGUUCAUCGUUUCUGGUACUGGAAUCUCCGUUUGUCAAUAUCGCUGCCGUCGAAUCCUCUGAAGUUGAGCCAGGAGGCAAGAUGCAAGGUCUAGCUAAUAGUCUCGUACCACAAGCUUCUGGCUCUGUUUUAUAUUCAAGCUCACGAAGGCUUCUGAUAGCCAGUGAUGCACAGGCACAGGUGAUUAAGUUGUUAUCUUCGCAGUUCAAUCAGCUCAGUAAAGAGCUUAGCCCAUCAAGCUGUGUUGCCAGUGGAGUUUCCAAUGAGAUCAACUCUGAUAGUCAUGAGGUUCCACCUUUUGCUCACUCUGUUUAUUCCUUGCUUGUUGAUCUUCAUGACAUAUUUAACGAACUCCCAUCUAUUGGGAAAGCUCUAGCCAGUGCCAGAAAGAUGUUGUCUGAUGUAAAUAGAGGGGAAUCCAUGGAUACAGAGGUUAUCUCUGAAGUUUACCUUUUCCAGAUUGCAGUUGAAGGUCUAAGAAUUGCUUUGAACAAUGCUGGUCGGCUUCCCAUCAAGAAGAACCUAGCAAGUUCAAGCCGGACCGAAGUUCAGUUUUCGGAGCUCUCUUCUGACGACAAAUCGUAUGCGCUUAUGGCAGAUCUUCUUCGUAGCCAGGCUAAAAAGUUUAAGAAGAUAGUAGCAGUAGUAGAUGCAAGUAGCCUCGCAGGUCUUAGGAAGCACUGGAAUACGUGUGUUCCUCGAGAAGUCAAGGAUAUGUCUGAGCAUAUGGUACAUAACGACGAGAAGACUAAUGAUGACUCGAAGUUAAAACGACUGUUGUCUGAUAAACCGGUGGUAGCGGUUGGUGCAGGUGCGACUGCUAUCUGGGGUGCUUCGUCACUAUCCAAGGCCAUUACUGCUUCUCCUCUCUUCAAGAUCUUAACUUUGAAAUCCCCAGCUUCAUUGAACCUUUUCUUGACACAUACCCAUAAGGCAAUGACGUUUGCAUUUACCAAAGUGGCGUAUCCCUCAAAGGUAAUGGCCCCGGGUUUUGCUAGUUCUGGAGUCAAGUCAACAUCUUUGGUGAAAGCGUCUUUAUCCGCCGAGAAAAUAAGAGCAGUAACACACAGUAUCAUAGCUUCUGCUGAAAAGACGAGCUUCUCUGCCAUGAGAGCUGCCUUCUAUGAGAUAAUGCGGAAAAGACGAGCGAAACCUAUUGGCACCUUACCGCUGGCAACGUUUGGGGCCAGUCUUGCAACAUGUUCGGGAUUGCUCCUCUAUGGAGACGGGAUCGAAUGUGCAGCUGUGUCUCUUCCUUCAGCUCCUUCGAUUGCAAACUUGGGUCGAGGGAUUCAAAACUUGCAUGAAGCGUCUCUGGAAGUGAGAAGCAGAGAAAGCAGCAGGAUACAGAACGCAAUCGAGGCCCUUAGGCAAAGACUGAAGAAAGUCACCCGUCAAUGA